AUGCGUAGCCGUGAUACUAUUCUCAAAGAAGCAUUAAUAAAUAAUUUGUCGGAGUGUGUUAAAGAUAUACAGUACAAUAGCCAGUUUGAAGAAAAUUUUCACAGUGUGCUAGGUUCAACAGAAUCAACAAACACGCUAUGCAUGGCUUUAGAGGCAGUUUUCCUUCACGGCUUGAAGGACACCUUCUUGCGAAAAGCUAAGAACGUGAUAUCCGGCGACCCAGACUACCGUCCACAAUCAAGUUAUUGGCCACUUAUUUUGGUGCUAUCCCAUCGUCAAAAUAUUGAUCAAAUAUCUUCAUUGCCCCAAAUAAACACUGAAAUCGGUCAAUGUCGGGCAUGGCUUCGGAUAGCCCUUAACGAAUGUUUAUUAUCAUCAUACAUGUCUACGCUUGUAAAAAAUAUAUCAGCUGUUAGACCAUUCUACAAUAAAAGCGCAUUUGUUUGUGAUUCUGAAGUCUUAGAAGUAGCUCAGAAAGUUAUACAAGGAUUAGAAACAUGUGUUCAGUUUAAUUUACCUACUAAUUCAAGCCUUUUGAACCAAUGGCCAGAUGAGGUAUUGAUGCAAGCUGGCAUUUGGAUACCAACUAUGAAGGUAGCCCCUAUUUCCGCAGGGUUAGAUGUUGCCAGUACUUUAACAAAUGUAACGGAACCCAAGUUGGCAUCAACUCCAAAGAAAGCAGUAAAUUUGACAGGAUUGGGUAAAAUGUGGGCUCUGAAUGAAGAUGAAGCUCUAGAUUUUAUAUUAUCAAAAGAUUCCGGUCAGGGAACAAGUUAUGACAAACUUAACAAGCCUAAUGAAGUGGCCAUUAUGGAUUCUACAGUAAAUGACGAGAAUAAACUCGAUAAUGUUGGGGUCGCAGAGGAAUUAAGUGAAAUUAACACUAGUGACGAAAUACAAGAUUCUACACAAAUAUAUUCUUCAUCAGUUAAUUCAGAGGGCUUUGUAGCUCCAAAUGACAUUGUUAUUACUGGAAAUUCAUUAAGUGGGAAAGGCUGGUCCAAAGAUAUAAAUGAUGACAGUGAGUCUAUCAAUUCCAAUUCUUCUCAUGGAAGCAGCAUGAUUAAAACUCCAGAGCUCAAGAGCCUGUCCUCACUAAUAGACCAUUCAAAUUUGUAUGGAGAGGUAAAUACUAACACUCCUAAUUUGAGAGACAUUAUGAAGGAUAUCCAUAAGGAACUUAAGAUAACAUCUGAAGAGAAUGAUGAUUCCAACUUGGCAAUAGAAAGUAAUAUGCAUGAAGAUCUUUCUUUACAAAGCUUAGAUUUUGAAGUUAUCUCAAAUUCUACAGGCUCCUUUUCAGUUAAUGAAUUACAGAAAAUGAUGAAACAGUUGGGAACCCUAUCCAGAGAACAUGGACUUGAUAGCCAAAACUACCAAUGUCGUGGCUGCCAAGAUUUGUUAGGCAGCACAGUGUCAAAAGCAAAAGUUUGUGGCUACACUGGAGAAUAUUAUUGUUCAAACUGUAUGGAUCCAAAUGUGUUUAUAAUUCCUGCCAGAGUUAUACACAAUUGGGACUUUAAAAGGUAUCCUGUUUCCAAAAAGGCUGCCUUGUUCUUAUUGGAAUUUCAACAUCAACCAUGGAUAGACAUGAAAAAAAUUAAUCCAAAAAUCUAUGCAGGUGUGUCAGACAUGGCAAAUUUGCAAGAAUUGAGAAUACAAUUAAAUUUUUUGCGGGCAUAUAUCUUUACUUGUAGAGAACCAGUUAUUGAGGAAUUACAAAAACGCGUUUGGCCCAGAGAAUAUCUAUAUGAUCAUGUGCAUUUAUAUACUAUAUCAGAUUUAGCUCAGAUACCAAAUGGAUCUCUAGUAUUGCAAUUAGAGAAAGUUGUUAAUUAUGCGAAAAACCAUGUUAUGGAAUGUUGGCUUUGUAGCCAAAAGGGAUUUAUUUGUGAAGUUUGCAAGGAUACAAAAAUAUUAUAUCCCUUUGAAACGAGUACUACAUAUAGAUGUAAUGAGUGCUCUAGUGUAUUUCAUGCAAAAUGUUUAAAUGAGAGUUUCCCAUGUCCAAAAUGUAAGCGAAGACAGGAUCGAACCAAUGAUUCCUCAUUAGUGGAUGUACUUCACAGCUUAAAGACCAAAUAA